CUGAUCAUUGGAGUAGGGGCAGGUCUGACCCACUUUAAACAGUCAGUAGUUUGACCACAUAAAAUUGUUAUCCAUACCACAUAGCGAUUGUAUUUCACAUUGAAUACACCCACUUCUUUAUGUUUUGUACUGCUGUCGGACAUAAUGGCGACUUGUGAGGACGUGCGGGAAAACGUGAAGAAGUACUAUGGCAGUCGACUGGAGUCCUCUGGUGAUUUGCAAACAAGUGCAGCCUCCUGCAGUUUUUCCUGCCGCCCGGUGACAAGGAGUGUCACUGAUGCACUGAGCCUGGUUCACCCGGAGGUGACUAAAAGAUUCUUCGGUUGUGGCCUUCCCUUUCCAGCGAAGCUUGAGGGCUGCAGAGUCCUUGACCUCGGCAGCGGCUCCGGCAGAGACUGUUAUGCCUUCAGUAAACUGGUUGGGCCGAGUGGACAUGUGACAGGGGUCGACAUGACGGAGGAGCUGAUCACAGCCUCCCGUCAGUACAUUGAGUAUCAUCAGAAGAAGUUCGGCUUUGAGAAACCCAAUAUCACUUUUGUCCAGGGGUACAUGGAGAAACUCAAUGAAGCUGGCAUACAGAAAGACUCAAUGGAUGUUGUGCUAUCCAACUGUGUACUCUGUUUGUGUCCUGAUAAAAGAGCUGUGUUGCAGCAGGCUCACAAUGUUCUAAAGGAGGGGGGUGAACUCUACUAUAGUGACAUGUAUGCCAGCAAAGUCGUUCCUGACCACAUGAAGGAAGAUGCAGUCCUGUGGGGUGAGGGAAUGGGUGGAUCUCUGUUUUGGCAGGAUCUCAUUUCACUGGCACAUGGCGUAGGUUUCAGCACUCCACACCUUGUUUCAGCCAGCCAAAUUGCAGUCCACAACUGUGAGCUCAAAGCAAAAGCAGGUGACAUCAGCUAUGCUUCAGGCACUUAUCGGCUGUUUAAGCUGCCCAAAGGGUCGGUCAUGUCUGAGGCAACAGUGACCUACAGAGGGACUGUGGCAGAUUUUCCAGAUCAGCUGGACUUUGACUCCUCUCACUGCUUCAAGAAAGAUGUCGCAGUGAAGGUAAACGGUGAGAUGGCAGCAAUCCUCCAGACAUCUCGCUUCUCUUCGGAUUUCAUAAUCCAGAUUUCGGAUCAACCAGAGUCCAGCUCAGCGUCAACACCACAGUACUGCCACCUCAACCCAUUCCUGCUGGCUGACAAACUGGGAUCCUCUGUGACAAAAUGCUCCAAAACCAGCAAAUAAAGCUGAACUGUCUUUGCUUUGAAUCAGUGAUAUGAUUCCUCUACCUAGGGUUAGCUACCUACCUACUUUGGUGAAUAACAAAACAUUAUCACACUUUCAAAAUAAUAUAAUAAUUAAGUGUCCAGACACUAAACAAACAUUUUGUAAUUGUUUUAACUUUGUAUGCUUUAACAUAUUUGCGUAAUUUCAAACUAAAUGUACACAAAAUAAGGUAAAAUAUCAAUAAAAGUAUAAUGCCAGCAUUUUUGCCCAGCUGUUACUGUGUAACACAAAAGAUGAACUUACGGGGGAUGGUAGGUGGCCCUUCUUGCUGGUAGUGGGUGGUUUAUAUAAUGAUAGAUAAACUCACAACAGCACAGGCAGAUGAAGAUUAUUACAUGUGAUUUAUUCUAUCACAAUUUAAAAAGCAAUAAUCAGACUAUGAACAUUGAGAUGAACUGAAACAGCAAAGGUUUAGCGAUAAUUUAUUAAAGUCAUUGGGACAAACAUUUUCAGGAAGAAUAUCCCAAUCCCAGACAAAAAAAAACACAGUAAGAAUUAAACAGACAGAUUUCUUGAAUCCCUGAGCUUUAGAUAUGUACCACAAGCGUUUUUAUAAGUAAAGGUGAAAUUACACAAAGUGCUUACAUUUUAUUAUUAUGUAGAUUUGAAUUUCAAGUUACACAAUAAACAAUAAGCUACAUCUCC